CGAGGAAGAAGAUGAAAGAAAGAAGAGGAAAGGCGGCAAUGUCAAGCGUCUUGACAGAAGACAUCAUAGAAGAAAAUAUACUCACAAGGUUACCUGUUAAAUCACUUUCGAGGUUCAGGUGUGUUUCUAAAAAUUGGUGUCGUUUAUUUCAAAACCCUAAGUUUAUCAAAAACCAUCUCGAAAAUGCUAUUCUCAUGAAUAGAUUCAACAUCUUAGUUACCAGCAGAGAGUUUGAUGCCUUUGAAGAUACAGAACCUUUACUUUCCAUUGUAGAUAAUGAUGUUCUGUCAUCGUUACCAUCAGCAUCAUCACCGUUUUCAGGUCAUGCUCGUAAUAUUGACUAUCCUUUUAUGUCAAGAAAUUAUAUGCCUAAGAUUCUAGGUUCUUCUAAUGGUUUGGUUUGCAUACAACCACGCGAACGUAUUUGCAUUUGGAACCCGGCUACUCGAGAAUAUAAACGGGUACCAAAACCACCUUCAGUCGACUCAAAUCCUGAUCUUACAUUCCAAGGGUUUGAUUUUGAUGGCACUUUCCAUGGGUUUGGUUUUGACAGGAAGAAUGAUGAUUAUAAGAUAUUAAGAAUUGUGAAUCAGAAGUCUAAAGUUUCUGAAGCCAGUGUUUACUCAUUAACUUCGAAUUCAUGGAAGAAUCUUGGUUUAAUUCCUUACGAGUUCUCUUCGAGUACGACUAAGGGGUUUCUUCUCGAUGGUGUUCUUCAUUGGAUUGCUGAUGGUCCUUGUACCGGCCAAUUCAUACCUUAUGUUGUUGUUUGUUAUGAUAUUUCUGAUGAGACAUUCCAUCAUGUGCCAUUUCCUGACGUAAAUGAAAAUGAUGAUGGAUAUCCUUGCAUCUCAGAGCUGGGCGUUUGGGAAGGGAAACUUUCCCUACUUUGUAGGUAUCUCAACGAGGAUAAUGAUAUACAUACUUAUGUUGAUUUGUGGACGAUGAUGGAUAACAUGUGGACUAUGCAUUUGAAGAUUACGUCAUUUGUGCCCGAUGUAGAUGUAGAAUAUGGCAUACCAAUUCAAACUUUACAUAAUGGUGAGAUCUUAUUUCAAGGCGGACCAUUGACGGACAGCGGCUAUAUUGGUUUAGUUUCAUAUGACCCUAAUCUUGAAAGAGGUAGAGCUCUAAAGAUACAUGGUUUCCCUGAAAUGUCUGAUGCGGAGCCUUAUAUUGAGACCUUAGUGGCACUUGGCUCCGGUACUUAUGUGGACUAUCCCAAAAAGAGUACCAGAAGUAAAACCAAAAAGAGAAAGAAACAGAUAAUGAUGACCGAUGCUGAUCAGAAUCUAUGAACCAAGAAGUAAGGGAGUAGAUAAAAGAGGAUGAAAAUAUGGUAGAAAGGGAUGGUGUCAAUCUUUUUUAUCUUUUUGCACCACAAAUAUGGAAGCAGAAAUGGUUCAUUGCGGGAGGUAAUUUGUCUUAUGAAGCAGUGGAUUAAGCAAGAACCAAUUUUAGUGGUGAUGCAACGGCAUUUUGGGUAAAUUCUAAACGAACCAAGUUCUAUGCACUUUGCUUAUUUGGUGUUUGAAAUUUUCGUGUGUGACUAGAUGUAGAAAUUAAUUAAUUUUCUUUAUCAGCUU